CACAAUUUAGAUAGGCAUAUAAAUAAAGAUUUGGCACAAUGCCUUUUUGUGAUGACAGUUUUUAGUGUGAUUAGUGAGGACGUGGGUCGAGAGGGGCAAUCACGAUGCAUGCAGGGGCAUGGACUCGGCAUCUAACUCAAUUGGGGGUCUCCACAGGUUUUAGCGGAGGUAGACGACUGAAUAACUGUGAGGUAUUGCAGAAAUGCUGCGGAAGCUAUUACAAAGAUUGCGACGCUGCUAAUUUAACGCUUACACCACUUUAAUAGAUGCAUAGCAGUGCCAUGCAUCUGCUAUGGCACAGUGGGCAUACGGAUCACAAUGGGCGGUUUCUUGAAUUUCACGGAGACCUCAUCCUAAAGGGUUGUGAUCGAGAAGACUCCACAACUGCGCCCCAUCCUUGUUGCUCCAUGUGGAAUCUCCCUAAUCAGUGGCAGUAGAUAAGCACUACCUUUUCUUCAUUCAGAGAUUUGAAGAGCAACUGUUUUUCUUGUAUUGUGGAAAACCAUUCUCCACUGAUUCAAUAUCCCAACCAAGUCCUCAAGGUUGAAGCAUCAUACACCAUGUCUACGUCUACCGCUGCCCAAGGCUCAAUGGCUGCAGUCCAGCCAACAAAGGUUGAUAUGCAAACAUUCUUGGUACGUGCACUUGUUAUAAUCCUGCCGCUAGUGAAAUAACUAACAAUCCAUUAGGGUGUCAUAUGGGGAGGUUUUGCAAUCGCAGCAAUAUGCAUGGCCUUACGUACAUUCUCUAGAAUCAAGACGUUCAAAAGUCUUUACAACGACGAUAUAUUUGCAUUCCUAGCUUUGGCUCUCGCUCUCGCCAGCGCAAUACUAUGGCAGGUUCAUGCUCAAGAGAUGUUCGAUCUUAUGGCCGUGUCUGCUCAGAUCAAAAUGCCUGGAGCAGAUUUCGUUGCCAGAAGUGAGGCUUAUUCCAGAGCAUCUGGAGUUGUCAUUAUCCUUUUCUAUUCAACCUUAUGGUCUGUCAAGUUCUCUUUCUUGCUCUUCAUUCGACGACUCGGUUCGCAUGUUGCAAAGGUUGAAUAUUUAUGGUGGCCAAUAACUGUUUUUACCAUCUGCACCUACUUUGCUUGCAUCGGAACCAUUCAAUACCAUUGUUUGUUUGUUCCUUUGACCACAAUUGAAACAAAAUGCACCACGAACUCUGCGAUAAACUUUCAGCAAGUUACUUUGAAGUUGAACUGUGUUUGGGAUGUUUUGACCGAUGCUUUGAGUAAGUUUUGUCAUCUUCCCUCUAUGUAGCCUUGACUAACUUGCGUAGUAAUGGUUAUUCCAAUCAGUAUGUUGUGGGGAACGCAAAUGAAAAUGAAGAGAAAGAUCACGUUCGGUGUUAUUUUCUCUUUGGCUCUUAUCACAAUUAUUUUCGCCAUUGUACGAACUACGGUCGUCAGUUCAUUGACGCGCAUGCCUGAUACUUCUUGGCUUUACAUGUGGUCCGCUAUUGAGACUACAAUUGGUAAGCCUCUGCUCUCAGAUAUUUUUGUCGAGGGCUAUCAAUCUAACAUAUAAUUCUCUCAGCAAUCGUAGUGGUCUGCAUGGCCUCUAUCCGCGGCCUUUUCUCCAAGGAAGAAGGCACGAAACCUUCCAAAUACACACCACCCAAAGUCUCCGAAGUCUAUUUACGCAACAAAAAGAGAAACAGGUUAAUGGGAACACUUGACACAUUCACUGGUAGAGAAAGUUAUGUGCGAACAGGAGAUUCAAAAAAUAAUCAGAGUCCUACCGAUGGAGCAAGUAGUGUAACGAGCGAGCAGAACAUUCUUCCAUUAGACAAUGUCAGAGUCAAACAGCGAUAUGAGGUUACUCAUGAGCUCGCUAAUGGAUCAGAGCGCGAGAGUACCUAUCAUGAACACGUUUAGUUCAUUUUGGCGGGUGUUGGUUGGUUUAUGGUUUAUGUGGAAAGUUUCGGUUGGUUAAAGCAACGAUUGUGGCAUGCAUAACGGAUGUCCUACAAUUUUUUUUGGGCGGGGGAGGGGGAGGGGUUAGGGAUAUUUUUUUAUCUUCAGUUUAAAAUUCAUAUAGCAAAUACCCAGAUUUUGAUUUAUUAUACUAUACUAUCAUCUCAUUGCCAACGUGUCUGUGUUAAAUU